CCCGGAAGACGAUCUAUCGAUAUCGCUCGAAAUAAAACGCGAUUCUAUCAAUAUCGUUACCGCUCGAACGUCACAUGAUUACAAACCCUCGUCGCUGUGACGGAUCGUUACGAACGAGAUCGCUCAAAGAUCGUGUAUUUAACGAAUUUUCGAACAUUAGCGUGAGAAGCGGAUGCAUUGCGGUUAGAUUGAAUUGGAUUAUUCUGCACGGGCGAGCUUGUAAGGAUGAAGAUUUGCGGGCCUAAGUACGCUUUGUGCGGUCUGAUACUGUCCGUUUGGGGCAUAUUCCAAUUGCUUCUCAUGGGAGUCUUCUUCUACGUUCGGAGCGUAGCGCUGGUGGAGGAUCUCCCUCUAGGCGAGGGGAAUUUUACCACGCUGGAGAAUUUUUACGACGUGGUGGAUCGCGGUUACACGCAGAAUGCGUACAACUGCUGGAUCGCCGCAUGCAUCUAUGUCCUCACUUUCCUUUUCUCGGGCCAUCAGUUCUACCUCAAUUCCAGAUCGUCCCUUAGCGUAUAAGCGAAUACCUAGUGGAUGUUUGAGGAUGCUGCGGAGUGUCCAAUUUGUAAUUCUGUACAGCUGAGAAACAAGUACAUCAAAGAUUUAAUUAUA